AUGUUCCGCGCUGGCAGAGGAUUGGCGGGUAUGGUCCCGCGCACCCGGGCGGUGGUGGCAAUGACGACGAUGGCGCUGAGGGUGGUGGCGACGGCGCCGCGGAUGGUGGCGCUGCGGAUGAUGGCGCUGCCGGCGGCGGCGCCCGUUCAGUGGCGGCGGGGGUACUCGGUGAUUAGCGCCAGCCCCGAAGCCGAGGUCUACCACUACGACCAGGUGAAGCGGUUGGCGACCCACCCGGACCCGCACACGGUGUUGGUCGACGUGCGCGAGCCCGUCGAGUACGAGGAGGGCCACAUCCCCGGCGCCGUCAACUUGCCGUUCAAGCUGUCGCCGGGGGCGUUGGGGUUGUCCCCCGACGACUUUCUCGACGCCUUCGGCUUUAACAAGCCCGACGCCAACGACCUCUUGGUGUUCUACUGUCUCGGCGGCGUGCGGCUGACGGCGGCGGAGGAGUUGGCCGACACGUUUGGCUACAAGCACCGCGCCAACUACGUCGGCUCCUGGGAGGACUGGGUCGCCCACGAGAACCAGUCGUCGCUGGCGUGA